CCAUGGCGCCAAAGAGAGCACCGCCGAUGGAGUCUUCUUUCUAACCUAUCGCGGAGAACUCGAAAAGCCCUCGAAUUUUUUUUUUUAAUUCUUCCGAUACUCGUGUCAAUUGAAGGAAUCGUCGUGUGUAUUUAAUUUGAUUUCUCUAGGUGAUUACGAGGUCGCUUGUGAAUCCGGACCCAAAAGCUUUGAAAUCAAAUUUCCCAAAAACACCAGAGUGAAAUCCUCAGAGAAAGAUACAAUGGUUUCUGCGUAUCCGAAAGAACACAUGUUUCUUCUACUUAAUCCUCGGGAUGAAGAUGGGUUUACCAAAUCUCAUCUUCAGGAUGUGUUGAAGUUAUAUAGCAAAGAGUUGCCUGACAUGAGAUACGCUUCAAACACUGGGAAACAAUCUGCAUUUCUUGAGAGAUGUGUCUCUAAAGGAAAGUAUUGUUCAUUGGUUUUGAAGUCCACGCUUGGUGGAGUCUCAGAUGAGAUCUUGGCUGCAAUCACCUAUCAAAUAGUCCCAGCUGAUACACAGUAUGCUGAGAUACCUCUUGCUGCUGUCUCAUAUACACACCAAAAAAAGGGUUUUGGUAAACUCAUCUAUGAAGAAUUAAUGAAGAGACUCCAUAGUGUUGGCAUCCGAACUAUAUACUGUUGGGCAGACAAUGAUUCUGAAGGAUUCUGGGUUAAACAGGGAUUUCUAAAAUUAGCAGAGGUAGACCACAAAGGAAAAGCAAGGAGGAUGCACAUUAAGUCUAAUAUUCGAAAAGCCUUGUGUUUUCCCGGUGGUUCAACUCUCAUGCUUUCUCAUUUGAAAAAAGAAUCUUUCCUUAAUCCUGCGAACCUUGAGAUUCCCUCUUCUUGGAAAUAUGUGUGUGAGGAAUCUCCACACUCAGCAAGAAAUAAUUGCACAGGUCCUCUGGCUGGAGAUUCAGUUAAAUUUGGAGAGAGCUUUGGCGAAAGCGUAUAUCUUGACUGUCUCUCUGGUAUCAGAAGUCCAAUAGACUCGAGCACAGGAAAAGAAUCCAACAACGUGAUUUCUGAUCAAGCUACCACAGGUGAUAGCGAGACCAAAUGUUCCACACCAGGGUUGAAGAGAUCUUGGGAAGCUUCACUGUCUUCUCUGCAAUCCAAAAGGAUUAGGGCAAACCAGAAUAAUGACUCUGAGAAAGACGGUACUUCCUUUAAAGUGGAUAUAACUAAGGAUUCUCUGCCCACGAUUCGCAAAAGAAACGAUGUUGAACAAUGCAGAGCGGUGACUGGAAUAGGCACGGAAGGUUGUCCAAAUGGACAACGCUAUAGAAUUUUGUUGAUGGACAUUUGUGAUGAAAACAAGAGAGCUUGGUUAACAGAGGAAAUAAGAAAACUUGGUGGUGGUGUGGUCUUGGAUGGUACAGUGAGCACACAUAUUGUCACUGGAAAAGUCAGGAAAACUCUGAAUUUCUGCACUGCUCUUUGCUCUGGGGCUUGGAUAGUAUCACCAAGUUGGUUGAAAGAAAGUGUCCGAGUAGGAAGAUUUGCUAAUGAAGCUUCACACAUACUGCACGACGAAGACUACCAGUUGAAAUAUGAUACUGAUCUAAAAAGCACUGUUCUUAGAGCAAAAGCCAGACCAAACUCUUUGCUUAAAGGAUAUGAGAUAUGUGUUGGACCUAACAUUGAGUUACCGAUCAAAACUUCAUCUGCUAUCAUCAAAUCUGCUGGUGGAAAUGGAAAUCUGCAGGUGAUAAAUGGGGUGAAGAAGGUAAAGGAGACAUCAAAAACGAUAUACAUAGGGUGCGAAGAAGACACAGUGGGGGCAUUGUUUGCAGCAAAGAAAGGGGUUUGGACAUUCAGCAGCGAAUGGUUAAUGAACUGUGUGAUGAAGCAACAACUUGAGCUUGAAGUUCCUCAGUUUGUUGAGUCCCUAUGAUCAUCUUUAGCUUGGAAAAAUUCCACAUAUCUUUUUAUUUUGGGGAUUUAUUAUGGAAAUGGUAGAGUCAUUGUCAGAAGUUGAAUGAUCUAUUAUGUAUAUAAAAUAAAAAAUGUUUUACAUAUUUAAAACGAAUUUUGGCUUCCGUUGUAAAAUGUUUAAUGGAUUAAUUUAAUUGACUUGUUCA